AUGGUCCGCGAGGGACCCUCGCCCUCUGGCCUUGGGGGUCCUCGUUCGUGUCGUUCGGAGUCGCGCGAGUCCAGCGACAAAGAGGCUGCCUUGCAGGCAGGUGGUACCAAGUUUCAACAUCUCAAGCCGAUUAAUUCGUCGCGGUCUCUUCCCUUUGAACCAGGCCUUGAGCCUACUCCCCGCUCCGCGCGAGCGCGUGGCGGCGGGCCCUCCAUGACCGCGCCACCCGCUCUGCUCAUCGCUCGCUCCGUCUCGUCGUCCGAUGUUUCUGGCGGGAACCUUCCCGAGGUCGCCUGGGAGCACGACGCGACGUCGGGUGCGGGCGACGGGCUCGGUCCGGGCGAUGGAUACUUCUUGAACGAUUCUUCCAGCUGCUUUCGCAUGUGCGACGGCAUGUCUCUCUCCCGAUCCUCUGCUCUUCCGGCGCCGGCGCUUGUGACUGCGCAAGCCGACGUGACUGCUUAUCCGGGCGGCCCGCGGCAAUUGGAAUACCAGGGCGGCGGAGGCUGCGGCGGCGGGAACGGCGAUCUGUUUUACGACUGCGACGACGCGUGGAUGCGUGCAGAAGAUAACACGUGGAUGCACCUCGACGAUCACUCCGCGGCGCUCUCGCACUUUCUUGACGGGCUGCCGACCGCUCCAGUUGACGCUUCUGAUCCCCCGAACGCGUCGACUCAACCGGGUCCCGGUUCGGCGGAGCUGGUCACGAAUGCGGCAGCACCUGCGGCGGAAACGGGCGCGUAUAUCCUCGUCGACGGCGCGGCCACGGCUGUCGACGGGCAACACUGCGCCGCAACCGUCGGCGGCUGCGAUUGGUUGAGCGACAUUCUUCCAGAGUCCGGGUACGGCGGGCAGCCGCAUCCGCCGGAAACGGUGUUGAAUCAGGAGCACGCAGUGGGAGGUCUGGCCACCAAUGAUUCCAUGGACUAUGCGCAUCAAGGGAAUGUGGAGCCUGCACCUGGCAGCGCUAGUGCCCCGCCGGUCCUUUCCGCUGCCCAUGGUGUCGUGGAGGAGAGCGCUUUCAACCCGGUUGACCUGCAGGUACAGCCUGCCGGCGGUAACUAUGACUCAAGCGCCUCCUUGCCGGCCGACGGCAGUGCGCCCGUCUUUCCCACUGGCGCGUCAACUUCCGUGGACGUGACGAAUGGCUAUGCUGUUCCGAACCCCGCGCGCGGAGUGUGGUGGACGCCGCAGCCUGCCGCACCUGCCACACCUGCCGCACCUGCCGCCGGCGCGGCCGCAUGCGCAGCGAACGAGGCGGUGCGUGUGGGGGACGGCGGAGCAAUGGCAACGAGGAAGAGGCAGAGAGAGCCGACGAAGCAGCAGCCGGUUUCGCCGACUCCGCACUCACACGAUCCGCAGCAGCAGCAGCAACUGAUUCCUAGUACAGGCGAAGCGAACCGCCCUGCUCUCGCGCCGCCUACGCGUGGCAGGGGCAGCAGCAGGAGCAGCAGCAGCAGCGGCGGCGGCAGCAGCAGCAGUGGGGGAAGCGGGAGCACGAGCAGGAACAGCCGUGCGGAUGGAGCGCUUGUCUGUGCCCUCAGGCGCUGCUUGAACGCGCAUGCGCGCAAAGGCGCGGAAGAUUCCGCUUCUAAGAAGGCGGAAGGCGCAGCGGAGGUGGCGGCGGAGGUGCGCUGCCGGGGGGCUGCUGCUGGGACUGGCCCAGCAGCAGCGAGCGGGGGACAAUCAAGAACUGCCAAUGUUCCGUGUGAGAACGUUAUAUCGGCUACUUCCGCGGGAAGAGAUGGCGCCGUGCAGCGGACCGUCCUGUCCCAGUCGCAGCCAUCCUCCCAACCUCAACCGCUAGUUCUGCCACAGGCGCAAACUGUGCAGUUCGCCUCCGCUCCCGCCGUUUCCACCGUCGCCACUGCAGCCGCUCCCAUCCCGCACCGUCCCGCGGCCCCCGUUCGCGUGUCUCCGCCACCUGCUCCCGCAAUUGGCGCGGCACCUCCAACCGCUGCACCCUGUGCUGCUCCCGCUGCCGCUGCCCCAACCCCAACUGCCGCGCCUCCCGCGACGUGCCUUCCGCCCACUCCCGCAGCUAGCAGCGCUCCCGGCGGACCCGCCAGGGCGGCCAGCACAGCGGGCGGGGGAACCGAAGGGGAAGGCGUUGGCGAGGCGGAGGGGGAAGAGGGCAGCUGGGAGGACGAGGAGCAGGAGCGCAGGCGGAAGCGGCUGAUGCGCAACAGGCAAUCCGCGCUGCAGUCGAGGCAGCGGCGGAAGAGCUAUGUGUCGGAGCUGGAGGGGAGGUGCGCGGCCCUGCAGGCAACCAUAGGGCAGCUCCGGCAGGUGGUGGCUGUUACCGCAUAUGAAAAUGGCGCGCUAAGAGACGAGCUUGCUCGCCUGCACCAGAUGUGGGCUGCAGGAGCAAGCACCGCUGGAGCCAUGGGGGUCGCCGGAGUGGCUGGUGUUGGGGCGGCCGGUGGUACUUCCAGCGAAGAAAUGAGGGGGGAGGAAGAGGUGGAGGAGGGGAAGCGGGAGGGAGGCAGUGUGUCGGGAGGAGGUGUGCGUGCUGAUGGAGCAGAGCCUGCAGUGCUUGAAAGCGACUCCCUGCCGUCGGAGUCCCUGCUGCGUCACCACCGUCAUCUCAGCCAGACCAUGGCCUUCCUCCUCACCCUCUUCUUCCACUGGGCGCUCUUCCUCUGGACAGGGCAGGCUCGAAGGAGCUUGUGGUGUCGGAGCGACCUGCUACCAUAA